AUGGACUUAAUCAGCUCCUUGCCCGAUGCGAUACUCCAACAUAUACUUUUCUUUGUUCCGACGCAACUAGCCAUCACAACUUCUGUCUUGUCAAGACGAUGGAGGCAUGUAUGGUCCGAUACACCUUCUCUUUCCUUUGAUGAUAGUUAUAGGCCGCUAGCGCAUGCUGCUUGGAUAAACAAAACCCUAGAUCGCUACACAGCUCUUAAGAUGACCAAGUUUCAUCUCAAAAGCAGAAUGUAUCACACUGUUGCCGACAUAGACAGGUGGAUGGAGUUCGUCAUGUCUCGCAACGUGGAGAAUCUAUCCCUCUGCAUCGGUCUAAGUCGUGAUUAUUUUUAUUACUACCAGAUUCCUGAUUUCUUCUACAUCAAUUCCUCUAUUAAGCAACUCAGCUUUGAGUUACCACAUUCUCGUAUGUUUCCCUUAUGUUCUGUAUCUUGGACAUCCCUAAAGGAGUUGUCCUUGUAUAACUGUUCUCUCUCCAAUGAAACUGUUGCUAAGAUUCUAUGUGGUUGUCCGAUUCUCGAAAGCUUAAAAUUGGAUCAUUGUCCACAUCUUAGGGUUCUUGAUCUCAGCAAAUCGCUGGGCGUGAGAACAUUAGAAAUAGCCUGCAAUCGUUUUUUGUCGGGGUCACUGCAGAUUGUGGCACCACAUGUCCAUUCUCUCAGAUUGUGGUACAACUAUCAGUUAGCAUGUGCUUUAGUUGAUGUCUCGUCUUUAACUGAAGCUAAAGUGGACGUUUCCUGUUACUCAUCAGUUCGAGAGACAAUCAAUGGUUAUGAUCUAUUUCAAUUCCUUCGUGAAAUGCUAGAGAAGUUGCAGAAUGCAGAGAAGCUUACUUUUGGGUGCACCAUUAUUCAGCUUUUAUCUGUUGCGGAAGUUCGUGGUAUUACUUUUCCGAUGUUGAAGAUAAAAUCUUUGACUCUUGAGACACAGAUCUUUCAGUGUGUUAUUCCUGUUAUAGAAAGACUGUUGCAAAACUCACCUAAUUUAAAGACGGUGACAGUUCAUGCAAACACAAAGAACUGUCGUAACGACUUCGUGGGCGUGGGAGGUUGGAGAUCAAAAGAUGAACCCUCUUGGAAUAGAUCCCGCUGGGAAUUAGAGUCGAAGCAUGUGGCUUCAUUUGUGGAACUUGUGCUUAAAAACGCAAAGGCAUUAGACAAGAUUGUUCUACAGUUAUACGGAGAUUACCCUAGGUUUAAGUUUGAAGAGUUGCUUCAAACACUUCCUCACAAUAAUACUGUCUCCAUUGUGCUCUCAACCACGCAGAAUGGCACACAUCAUAUGAGUUGUGAAUCAUAG